ACAAUUUAUUGAGGUUUGGGGCACUGAAACUGACCAUGAGACGGUGAAAAAAUAAAGUUCUGUCAUGGGGUUUCUGUAUACGCCGCUCCCCCUCCUGGCUCCACCCUCCAGGGAUGGCCCCCCUCUUCCCCUCUCUAGAAGCCCCCACUUGGGAGUCUUUAUGUUUUAGUGUAAUCUCAUGGAGAUAACAUUUUAGUUGGGGCUGGGGGCUGGGACUGCUGGUUCUAAGGGAGGAGGGGCCCAGGCCGCCAAGGUUGCGGGGUGAUCCAGCUGGAGCGCGGCCAGCCCCGCCCCUCACGCGCCCCGUUAUCUCUCAUCCUGGGCCGAGGGAGGAGGCGGCGCAGUCUAUUUAGGCUCUGUCCUUCGCCCCUUAUCUCAGUGUCCUCGGGGAGGCCUGAGCAGCCAGGAAGAGGCCGAGCGUCCCAGGGACCUCCAAGGUCGCCCCGACGCCCCGUCACUGACCCACCGAGAGCCCCGGGAUCUGUCUUCUGCCCGCGCAAUUCCCGGCCUGAGACUCGGCAUGGCGGAUGAGAGCAGCGGUGCGGGCGGGGACGCGCGCCCCGCGCCCGCCCCGGUGCGACGCCUCUCCUCAGCCAACUACCGCGCCUACGCCACGCAGCCGCAUGCCAAGAAAAAGUCUAAGAUCACGGCCUCGAGGAAACUGCUGCUGAAGACCCUGAUGCUGCAGAUCGCGAAGCAGGAGCUGGAGCGCGAGGCGGAGGAGCGGCGCGGCGAGAAGGGGCGCGCCCUGAGCGCGCGGUGCCAACCCCUGGAGCUGGCCGGGCUCGGCUUCGCGGAGCUGCAGGACUUGUGCCGACAGCUCCACGCCCGCGUGGACAAGGUGGAUGAUGAGAGAUAUGACGUGGAGGCAAAAGUGACAAAGAACAUCAAGGAGAUCGCAGAUCUGACCCAGAAGAUCUUUGACCUUCGGGGCAAGUUUAAGCGGCCCACCCUGAGGAGAGUGAAGAUCUCUGCAGAUGCCAUGAUGCAGGCGCUGCUGGGGACCCGGGCUAAGGAGUCCACGGACCUACGGGCCCACCUCAAGCAGGUGAAGAAGGAGGACACUGAGAAGGAAAUCCGGGAGGUGGGAGACUGGCGCAAGAACAUCGACGCGCUGAGUGGAAUGGAGGGCCGUAAGAAAAAGUUCGAGGGCUGAGCCCACCUGCCGGCCACCCUGGCCCUGAGGAUGGCCCCGGAGAAUAAAGCUUGUCUCUCUGA